AUGCCGAUCCUGCGAAAGUCUUGCCUGGCCUGCAUUCGCAAUCAGGACGACUACCAGCUGGUUCGAAAGCUCGGGCGAGGGAAGUACAGCGAGGUCUUCGAGGCCAUCAACAUCACCAACAACGAGAGGGUCGUCGUGAAGAUCCUCAAGCCAGUGAAGAAAAAGAAGAUAAAACGCGAGGUUAAGAUUCUGGAGAAUCUACGUGGUGGCACCAACAUCAUUAAUCUGAUUGACACUGUCAAGGAUCCGGUGUCAAAGACCCCUGCUCUGGUGUUUGAGUACAUCAAUAACACAGAUUUUAAGCAACUGUACCAGAUCCUGACAGACUUUGAUAUUCGGUUUUAUAUGUAUGAGCUGCUGAAGGCCCUGGAUUACUGUCACAGCAUGGGGAUCAUGCACAGGGACGUCAAACCCCACAACGUCAUGAUAGACCACCAACAGAAAAAGCUGCGGCUCAUAGACUGGGGUCUGGCCGAAUUCUACCAUCCAGCUCAGGAAUACAAUGUCCGUGUGGCCUCUAGGUACUUCAAAGGACCGGAGCUCCUUGUGGACUACCAAAUGUAUGACUACAGCUUAGACAUGUGGAGUUUAGGCUGUAUGCUGGCAAGCAUGAUCUUCCGAAAGGAGCCCUUCUUCCACGGCCAGGACAAUUAUGACCAACUGGUUCGCAUCGCAAAGGUCCUGGGCACAGAUGAGCUGUAUGGGUACCUCAAGAAGUACCACAUAGAACUGGACCCGCACUUCAAUGAUAUCCUGGGCCAGCAUUCCCGGAAGCGCUGGGAGAACUUCAUCCACAGUGAGAACAGACACCUGGUGAGUCCUGAAGUCCUAGACCUCCUGGACAAGCUCCUGCGAUAUGACCAUCAACAGAGGCUGACCGCCAAGGAGGCGAUGGAGCACCCCUAUUUCUAUCCAGUGGUGAAGGAGCAGUCCCAGCCCAGCUCAGAAAAUGCUGUGCUCUCCAGUGGCCUGACAACAGCACGAUGAAGACUGGAAAACGACGGGUCCGAUGCUGUUGCUCCCAAUUUUCCAUAAGCAGAAUGAGAACCAAAUCAAACGUCCUAUCGGCGCGUGUAGAGUGACGGCGGGCAGACGGCGUGGGCAGGGCUGAGAGCGGGGCAGCACGCCUGGCUGGACGGCACUCGCCUCUUUAUGACCGCAGCCCUUCCCUCCGAGUGUUAAAGGUUCUUCUGCCUUUGGUUCCUUGUUGAGCUCUUCCUGACCCAGAAAGCGUGGAAACGUGAAGGGUGUGCAAAGCAGUUGUUGGUUAGUUGUUCCUUCCUCCGUUCUGGCUGUUCCCCCCCCAACCUCUGACGGACCACGGUUAGCCAGCUUGUGCUUGUCUCUGCCAGGGCACGGGGGUGGCAGGGAAUGUAGUAUCACGAUGGACAGUUCUAUAUAAUUAAAAGAAUUCUAUAUUGUUGAAUAAA